UUAAUACAACAGAAGAGAACAGGAAACGAAGAUUGUAGUGGCCUUAUUGAAUUUGAAAUUAUAAUAUCUGUCACCAAAACGGCAGCAGGAGAAAAUGUCGUUGUUGGAGUCUGAGGUUGUCUCUGUUUUGGAAACGCUUGUAAAGGACACGGUAAAACAAAUGACUACAUUCGUGGACUUAUCAGGCAUAACGCUACCUCCACUGACAGGAACUAUAGCAAACGAGUCUGUCAAGCUGGACUUUACAGCCCAUCUGAACUUUGUGUUAGAACAUAACGCAAAGGAAGCUGUGGAGAAAAUAUGCCAGCUUUUCUCUGCUCUUAAGAAUCUUGAAACGACUCCGAGUGCACAGGGCAGCUUGACAACAACACUAAAGCAAGUUGAGAAACAGCAGAACACUCUACAGGAAGAGACUAAUCUAACCGACUGUGUUCUCCUCAGUAGUCAGUCCAGUGACCAGCUUACUCUAGUCUCUACAGAGAAAAUCAUUGUGAGCUGGGAGGAGGAGAUCAUAGACACUGAGCAUGUGAGAACGGACAGUGAUGAGGAAGAAUCCAGAACUUUGAGCAUCUUAAAAAGCACACGUGCUCGGCUGAGAUGUCAAAAGAAAGACAAAUCGUUCAGCUGUAAACAAUGUAGAAGGAAAUUUGACUCACUGGUGCUGUUGAGAGCUCAUCGGGUCAUUCAUGCGGCGGGAGAGAAAACCUUCAGCUGCUCGCAGUGUGGAAGGCGUUUUGGCUGUAAAGGCAAUUUGGAUGCACACUACCAGCUUCAUACUGACAAGAGCCCUUAUGCAUGCAGUCAUUGCGGCAAGACCUUCACCGAACAUAAACAGCUGAUGUAUCACCAGAGGAUUCAUAACGAAGACAAGACUUAUGUUUGUAAAGAGUGUGGGAAGUCUUUUCAUCAAGCUUACUGUCUCAGGAAGCAUCUGGUCGUGCAUUCAGGCGAGAAGCGUUAUAAAUGUGAUGUAUGUGAUAAGAACUUCCACUUCCGAAACAAUCUACUUCGGCACCAGAGAAUCCAUACAGGCGAGAAGCCGUUCACCUGCCAGACGUGCGGGCGAAGUUUCAAUCAGCUUGAUUCGCUAAAGGCGCACAAACUAACUCACACCGGCGAGAAACCACACAAAUGCAAAUUGUGCGGUCAGGGCUUUGUCCAGAAGUGGAUGCUCCGGCUUCAUGAGGGAGAGGAAAAGGGACAAACUGGACAUGGCUGCGUUGUAUGUGGGAUGGUUUUGGGUUGCACAAACGCCUUAAAAAUGCAUUUCACUAGCCAUGCGGGACAGUUUCCGGUCGUCUGUAACGUGUGUGAAGAGACCCUCGACUCUAUUGACUCUUUGAAAUCUCACCAUCACCCUCAACACACCGCCACUACCAAAUACAGCUGUUGUGUGUGUGGAAAGUCCUUUAAGAGUGUUGCUGGUGUGAAAACUCAUGAGAGGAUUCAUACGGGAGAGAAGCCCUAUUGCUGCUCCGUGUGCGGGAAGACAUUUCGCCAGCAUAAUUGCCUAAAAGCUCACCUGACCUUGCAUACCGGCGAAAGACCUUUCAAUUGUGACGUGUGUGGAAAAGGUUUUUGCACAUUGGGAAAUCUCCGUCGACAUCAGCGCAUACACACCGGAGAAAAGCCGUUCAGAUGUGCCACAUGCGGACGGGAAUUCAACCAGUCAAAUUCGCUCAAAGCUCACAUGCACAUUCACACUGGGGAAAAGCAAUACAUGUGUGACAAGUGUGGGAAGAGUUUUGCUUAUCUAAGGAAUUUGAGGUGCCAUAAAUGUAUAUAGAUUUAAAUGGAUCACUUGCUCAAAAAGGACAAUUUUGUCCUUGUUUACUCUUGAUACAGAUUUUGCUUUUUUUCAAACAUUCCCCUUUGGCCCUCAUCCACUAAUAAAAACGUAUUUUGUGUUCCACAGAAAGAUAAAAAAAGCAUUCAGGUUUGGAACAACAUGAGGGUGACUAAUCGAUUGAAUUGAUAUUUUUGGCUAAACUAACAGCAUUAUUUGUCUUUUAACAGGGCUUUGUUCAUUGUGUGCUUUGUUCAUUUUUCUUCGGUUUUUCAGCUUGAUAUAAAUAUUUCAGUACACUAGUUAGUUCCCUAAAAUUCUGUUUAAUGUAGAAUUAAUCUUCAAUUGAAUGUGAAAAACUGUAAAGAUAUUUUGUUAUAAAUCAACAAAUAAAUCAAAAGCACCAGAUUAUCUAGUUAUCUAUGCUAAUAAAGGUGGGUUUUUUACAUUUUUGUUUUACAUUUAACUUUUUUUUUUUAAGCGCUGUCUUUAAUAUAACUGACUUGGUCACACAAAAGUCAAAAUAUUAUUGGUAGUGGAUAUUCUGGAUUUGUCCACACCGAGAAACUUAAAAACAAAACAAAAUAAGUCAAAUAUAAUUUAGAUAUAGUUGUUGCAAUGCGUUUCUUUAUCUUCCACCCUUCCUGAAUAGAUUUCAUCUUCCAUUAUAGCCAGCCUCUACCUAAGUUACAUUAUUACUUGUUGCUUCUAUCUGUUUCUUAAACUACAGUGAUUUUUGUUAUGAAAAAUGGUAGUCUAAUAAACAGACGAAACAUUU